ACACACUCUCUCUCUCUCUCUCUCUCUCUCUCUCUCUCUCUCUCUCUCUCUCUCUCUCUCUCUCUCUCAGUCGACCCACACCGGCAGCUCGUUGUUCAAUGUUUGUGUAGAUCGCAUCUGCUUCUGUGGAUCUGUACCGCGCGAGAGGAAGAAGAGCACGCGCUGUCUGAGAGGAGCAGCGGGAAGGAUGUCGACAUAUUAUUGACUUGUGCUGAGUGUCGUCGAGACGAGUGAACAGCGCCGUGUGUUUAGCGCUGGACGGAACAUUUUGUUGGCGUCAGGACAUAAACCAUUUCACCAACAUCUCGAAACUGGAGAACUACUACAGUAGAACAUGAAAAACGAAACAAAUGCGUCAAAUCAGUGAAGCGCGUCUGAAAUCCAUUAAAUCUCUAGUUUGUUACAUUAUAGCGAGCUGUGCAAUUAUCAAAUACUAAUAUACAGCGGUGUUCUGCAUGGAUAAUGGUCGAUUCAGGAGGAGUGAGUGCACCACCACAACCAGAGACGUUUAAGACUAGUAUUUGUUCUCUAAUGGGUUUUGUUUAGGGACGUUUUUGAAACUUAGAGAGUUGACAUUAAAUGUAUUGUAAGGCUGGCAGAGAUCAUCUCAUCCAAAUGACCACGUUGUUUACAUUGCCCAUCGUCUGAGAAAUCAAUAAAGCUUCUGACACGGUAGCAGUGAGAAUGACGGAGUAUAAGUUAGUGGUGGUGGGUGCAGGUGGUGUGGGCAAGAGUGCUCUGACAAUCCAGCUCAUUCAGAACCACUUUGUUGAUGAAUACGACCCAACCAUAGAGGACUCAUAUAGGAAACAGGUGGUGAUUGAUGGAGAGACGUGUCUGUUGGAUAUCCUGGAUACUGCAGGUCAGGAAGAGUACAGUGCAAUGAGAGACCAGUACAUGAGGACCGGAGAGGGCUUUCUCUGUGUCUUUGCCAUCAACAAUACAAAGUCUUUUGAGGACAUUCAUCAGUACAGGGAACAGAUUAAGAGGGUUAAAGACUCAGAUGAUGUGCCUAUGGUGCUUGUGGGUAAUAAAUGUGACCUACCAGCACGCACCGUGGACACAAGACAAGCCCAGGAACUCGCCCGUAGCUACGGUAUACCCUACAUUGAAACCUCAGCCAAGACAAGACAGGGAGUGGAAGAUGCCUUUUACACUCUUGUUCGUGAAAUCAGGCAGCAUAAGCUGAGGAAACUGAACCCGCCAGAUGACAAUGGCCAAGGCUGUAUGAACUGCCGCUGUGUGGUGUCAUGAUCUGUGAAUGUGCAUGACGAGGCUUUUAGAGCGGUGCAGCCUUCCAGACCACAAACUCUGCGACACCUACACAGAUGCUGGACAUUUAGAGCAGACUGUGUAAAAGGGAAAUCUUUAAUCUGGCAGCCCUUCUUCUUAGGGAUGCUCCCGUCUCGCUCCUUCAUCGGAGAUGAAAUAAGUUGUACCUCAUUUUAACAGUCUCAACACUGGAGUUGCUACAACUGGAUGAAGCUGUCACACAAACAUAUUUACAUUAAACAAACUAUCUACUCUUAACUGGAAGUAAUAGCUCAGAAAAUAACCUCUCAUAUUGCUUUGUCAGAUGUGGAUGUUAGAAAAACACUUAUGGAGAUGAGAAACACUACAUCAGAUAUAUUAGCAUACGUCUAGAUGGGAGAAAGAUUUGUUGCUUAGAGCAAGUCUAACCUAAUAAAAUGUACACAAUUCAUGGCGUUCUCUUGCAAAGAGGACUUUUAGUCAUAUGCAGUGUGUUUAUCAGAGGUUAUGGUGCAAUAGAUUGCGAUUAGAGGGUACACCUCCGAUAAGUCUUUGAUUUGCACAAGGUGUAGGAAAAGCGGAGGACGUUAUUCUUUGUUAGCUUUUGGUUUUGAAUGGCCCUCAGGGUCUUUGAAUUGUGGCUUGAUUAGAUAUCCAGAUGUGAUGCUUUUUAUUUUUCGAUAUAAGACAAAUGCAUUGCAGGAAAUUGCAUUGGCUAAAGACGGAUUAAUGAACAUCUCUUCAAAGAAUAAUCAUACUUGUUGAAAAAUGAAUGCAAAGCUACUAUAAACUUAAAAGCUUGGACUGAAAAGCCUUGUUGAUAUUCUUGCCAAGCACUGUGCUGUUCCUAUGUUCAGGGCAUAAGCUUGAAACUUUUACAUGUAUACAGUACCAUAUUGUCUUCAUUUAAUCUUAGUCUAAUCUUGCAUUUUCCCCUUAUGCCUUUCUGAAGUAAAUAUUCUGUGUUUGUGUUUUAGGUUUAAAUGUGCAAUUCAAAUGAAAAAAAAACAAAAAAAAAAACAGAUUGACUGUAUACCCUUACUGUAAAUUAUCAUAUGAGGGAACCUUAAGUUAUAUGUUCAUAGGCAACAUAUGGCCUUGUAAUUGCAGGGAAGAGCCACAGUCUGGACUUUCUCUUUUUUGAUUCCUUAAAUGUAUCUCGUCUCUUUGCAAAGUACAGAUUUUAAAUGUCAACAAUGAUCUUUCUAGUUCAUUUACUUAACUCAGAUUUACUAACACGUCUUUGACUAGUGAGUGUGUUCUCUUUCUGGUUGAAAUUUGAUGAUUUUUCUGUAAGGGAUCUGGUGUGUUUUAUUUCCUGACAGUCUAUUGAUUGUUCUCAAGGACAUACAUGGGCGGUUAUGAUUCUCCCUUUAAAUCACAAGUCAGUAGCUAUGGAUAUGACCUUCAGGGCAUUCUGUCAGAAUGCUGUGGCCAUUCAGAUGUUUUUCAUAGAUUUAGGCCUACUGUCUAUACUGCCACAGAGUAAUGUGGGUUUAUCAGGUGGCGAGAUUGCUUCCACUUACUGAAUAUUGUUUUACAUCGAUACUGUUGGUUAAUAACUCUCUGAUUAACAUUAUGUAAAAUAAUCCACAAACACAUGACCUGUCCAAUGUUAUUUGUUUUGAACUUGUUGUACGCCAACUGCUGCUGAUAAAUAAUUUUUAUGUUUUCUUUCUCUUUUUUUUUUUAUGGAAGAGAAAUGGUAGAACACAGUUAGCGUUCCAAAAGCCUGUGUCGGUUCUGGUAUUAAAUAAUCAUAUUGGUUUUUGCAGCAAUUAAUACUUAAAAAUAUGAGUAUUUUUAAGAACUUGUUCUUAUUUCUGUGUCUAUAAUGUGUGAAAACGUGUUAUAGAUUUGUGCUUACCAUUAUAUUGUGUUAAGAAAGAAUAUCAAAUAAAGAGGUUCGUUUUGA